UUGCUUGUCAAGAUUCCCAAAACAAACCCAUUUUUAACUUUCCGUUGAACACAAAAAUGCUUAGAAAGUUGUAUUCCCGCUCCUCGCGGGCUCAGCUGGUGAAGCGGGAACUGUUCACCGCCUCCGGUGGUCUCCGGGCCAAGGAUAACGGCAAGGGAAAGGGGGACGGCAAGGGCAAGUUUCGCAUGGAGAAGGACACGUUCGGGGAGCUAAAGGUGCCGGCAGAGAAGCUGUACGGGGCUCAGACCAUGCGCUCCAAGUUGAAUUUUCCCAUCGGUGACAUUGCCGAACGGAUGCCGAUGCCAAUCAUCCAAGCGAUGGGAAUCCUGAAGAAGGCAUGUGCCGAGGUGAACAAGGAAUUCGGUCUGGACGCCAAGAUCGCAGAGGCAGUCUCCUGUGCCUGCGACGACGUCAUAUCGGGGAAGUUAUAUCGACAGGGGCACUUUCCACUGGUUAUCUGGCAGACGGGGUCCGGCACCCAAACCAACAUGAACACCAAUGAGGUGAUCAGUAACGCGGCUAUCAAGAUGAUGGGCGGGGAGCUGGGCUCGAAGAAACCAGUCCAUCCGAACGAUCAUGUCAACAAGUCGCAGAGCUCCAACGACACUUUCCCGACGGCCAUCCACAUCAGCGUGGGCAUGGAGCUGAACGAGCGCCUGCUGCCGGCGGUGGCCCACCUGCGCGACGCCCUCAAGGCAAAGUCCGAUGAGUUCAAGGACAUCAUCAAGAUCGGACGCACCCAUGCGAUGGACGCGGUGCCACUUACCUUGGGCCAGGAGUUCAGCGGAUACGUCCAGCAAUUGACCUACGCCCAGGACCGGAUCAAGGCGUGCCUGCCGCGAGUCUAUGACCUGGCGCUGGGUGGCACUGCUGUGGGUACCGGCCUGAACACCCACAAGGGAUUCGCCGAGAAGGUGGCCAAGCGGAUCGCCGAACUGACCUGCCUGCCCUUCGUCUCCGCCCCCAACAAGUUCGAGGCUUUGGCCGCCCGUGACGCCAUGGUGGAGGUCCACGGCGUUUUGAAUACGAUUGCUGUGAGCCUGAUGAAGAUAGCCAACGACAUCCGUUUCCUUGGUUCUGGACCUCGUUGUGGUCUGGGUGAGCUCCAGUUGCCGGAGAACGAGCCUGGCAGCUCCAUCAUGCCCGGCAAGGUGAAUCCCACCCAGUGCGAGUCCAUGACCAUGUUGUGCGCCCAGGUGAUGGGCAACCACGUGGCCGUAACUGUUGGCGGGGCCACGGGGCACUUUGAACUGAACGUCUUCAAGCCUCUGAUUGUCUCCAAUGUGCUGCGAUCCAUAAGAUUGCUUUCCGAUGGCUGCAUGACGUUCAGCAAGAACUGCGUGGAGGGCAUUCAGGCCAACAAGGAAAACAUUGCCAAGAUCAUGAACGAGUCCUUGAUGCUGGUCACCGCCCUGAAUCCGCACAUCGGCUACGACAAGGCCGCCGCCAUAGCCAAGACGGCGCACAAGAACAAGACCACGCUCAAGGAGGAGGCCCUGAAGACGGGCAUCACCGAGGAACAGUUCAAGGAGUGGGUCGACCCCAAGAAGAUGCUGGGCCCCAAAUAGGCAUUGGCUUUCUUGAAAUCUUUAAAUCCUGUUUAAAUUGUAAUCCGAUAACCAAAAAUCCGUUACAACAAAUUCCCCAUGUAAUCGAUACAUUUUCGAAAUCGAACGGAAUUGAUAACAAUCGGCAGCACUGUCUGAAAAAUUGAUAAAUAUAUUUUCAGAAACUGAUCAGACAACUUU